GGCAUCAUUGCCAUUUGUCCUACGAACGGAAGCCACGUUGAGAGCUGUGUAAUGUUAUGUUUUAAAGUAGUAUUUUUAAGUAUAUGAAAUUAAUUUCAAUGUGUUUCCUGUAGAAUUUUGCCCCCAAAGUCUUAAAUAUGCAGCAGAUCUUGUGGAUAACUUUGUUAUCUGUUUUGUAUUGGAGCUUUGUGAGUUCUGUUGAAUUGACGUUUGAGUUGCCGGAUAACGCUAAGCAGUGUUUUCAUGAAGAUAUUAAGGAGCAAGGUGUGAAAUCUACAAUUGAAUUUCAAGUUGUAACUGGUGGCCAUUAUGAUGUGGAUGCAGUUCUUGAAGCUCCGACUGGUCAAGUCCUUUACAAAGGCAUAAAGAAACAGUCUGAUAGUUUUACUUGGACUGCUGAGCAAAUUGGAGUUUAUAAACUUUGUUUCAGUAAUGAAUUUUCUACAUUUAGUCAUAAACUUGUUUAUGUGGAUUUCGUAGUGGGUGAAGAAAAGCCCUUACCAGGUGUUGGUGAACAUUUGACUGCUAUGACUAAGCUGGAAACUUCUUCAUCUAAUGUACAUGAGCAUUUAAAUACCAUCAUUGAUUAUCAAACCCAUCAUCGUUUAAGGGAAGCUCAAGGAAGAAAGCGAGCAGAAGAUUUGAAUAGUCGUGUUAUGUAUUGGUCCAUGGGAGAAACUCUUCUUAUUGUCAUAAUAGGUGUUGGACAAGUCAUGAUUUUGAGAAACUUUUUUAGUGAGAAAAAAGGUACAUCUUCAUGAAAGUUUGCAUUAGAUUUUGCCAAGUUUUAUAUUGAGGCACAUGAACAAGGUUAUCCAUCUUCCAUUUGGAAACUGUGCCUCAUGUUUUAUAUGCUUUAAAGAGACAUCUGAACUUUUUGUGAAAUGUAUUAUAAAGUGCAUAAUUUUUUUUUUUUUUUUUGUCAUCCAUGAUACUUUUAAAAAUAUGAUUUGGAGAUAUGGGCUAAUAUAGAGUUAAAAUAUUUUAUUUACAUUGUUUCAAAUUUUUCAUUCAGCUUAGUUAUUAUUUCAUUUCAUAAAGUUGCAUUGGCUUUCAAAAGAAUGCAUACUACUUAGUGCGAUAACUUCAAAACCAUGGAAACAUCUUUAUCUUAUUGUGGGAUGAAAAAAAAAAAAAAAAAAAAAAAAAGCUAUUAAAAAUUCUACUUCAAAUUAUAGUAUAAAUGAUUUUUUUCCCUUGAGCAAACUUUUGUAUUCUUGAGCAACAUUUCUUUAUAACUUCCAAAAAGUUAAAGUAAAAUUCUUAAUGGUAUAUAAAAAUCAAAUAGGUUUUUCUUCCAUUAGUAUUACAAAAGGUAUUUUUUUUUAUUUAAUAUUAAUAUAAAAUUACAGCUGUGUUCUUCAGAUGUUAAUUGAAGGUAUAAAGUAUUAGUGUCCCAAAUGUGAAAUUUUGCUUCCAGUAUCGGCAUGACAUGCUUUAGUUUUUCAGUGGAUGUUGAUUUUUUUUCCUUGUACCAUAUGCAAUGAUUCAUGAUAAAGAUUGUUAUAAUAUUUCAUUUUUACCAGUGAUAUGGUGAAUCAGUGUGAAUAGAUGUGAAUAAUCCAGAAAAAUUAAUUGUUAAAUCUGUAGCAUAUUUAUUUCAUGUAUGUCAUUUAGUUGGCAAAAUUUAAAUAAAAGCUAAAAGCAUCACAUUAUAUAUAGAAUUGGGUCACUAAUUAAUUAGUUUAAAACUGUUUUGAGUUAUUUUCUCCACUGGAUCUUCUCAGUUUUUAGUUGAAUUUAUGUAUUAUAAUUUUGUUUAUUUGGAUGGAUCUCUGAACUUGGAAUUAAAUUUUUAUUUGCAUUUUUGA